GUAUCUUGUGAAUCUGAAUAUUCCUUGUUCAUCUAAAGCUAUUAUGCCUCACCCUCCAUGCCCAAACUAUGAAAUUGCCACCCGAGCCCAAGUUGUAGCUCUACGGUUAUAUGGAGCUCCCUCUUCAAAGGUUGAGGAGCUGACAGGAGUAGAAGAAAGGACUCAAAGAGCUAUGGUUAAGAAGGCAAAAGAUAGAGGCUUUGAUGGCUCACUUCUUCUAAACAUUCACAUAGAAGAUGGAGCUCAUACGGGUGCUACAUACAAAAGAACUCCCUCCUUUGCAAAGGAGCUAGUUGAGAAGGUGCGCAAGGACCGUUACAGCCAUGAAAAGACCCUUGAAAUAUUGGCCCAUGAGCUUACUUUAGAGGGAAAAGCCAUAGAGAGAGAGAGUGUGAAGAAGACUCUUCAUGAGAUGGGUUUCAGGAAGGUGAAAAGGAUGAAGAAGCUAGGCCUUCUCCCCAUAUGAGGAAAGAGAGAUUAGAGUUCUGUUUGAAGCACUAACACUAGACCCUUGAAGACUGGAAGAAUGUAAUUUGGAGUGAUGAAACAAGCAUUGUUUUAGGUGUCAGAAGAGGCCAGAUAUGU